AUGGACCAAAAGUUAUUCAUUAUUGUUAUAUUUUUUGAUUCAAAAUUGUAUACAGAUAUUUCAGAGAUGGUUCAAGUGAUUAAAAAGAACAUCUUAAUAGUUGGAAAGACUGGUUGUGGAAAAUCUACUAUUGGAAACAUUAUUUUCAACAAUUCUCCACACUUAUUGACAACCCCAUUUGCUUGUGGAAAUGGUGCUGCAAGGAUUACUACCUUGUUUGAUAAACGUGAAAAUCCAAACUUUGAAGUAAUGGAUAGUGUAGGUUUUGGAGAUCCAGAUUUCACACCAAAACCUAUCAUUCAAAUGAUGGACAAAGCCCUCGAGUCAUUUCAUCGCAAUCUAGAUGUGGUUAUUUUCGUUGUUGGGAUGGGUAGAAUGUCUGAUGAAGUAAUGACAAUCUUUAAAAUUAUUCAAGAAAUUUUCUUUGGAGGUAGAAUAAAACCAAAUUUCAAAAAGGAAAUUCAAACGCCAAAUGAACAACUCUUGGAACAAGAAUAUCGUCGUAAAAGGGAGUUUUCUUUUCACCUUUUAAUGAACAAAUUGGAAGAGUGCAAUCCUGAAAGAGUUCUUGUUCCAAAUGUGUUGGCUGCAGAAGCCGCCAAGGCAGGGGCAGCCAGAAAAGGAAUGGAUUUUUCUCAAGAGCAAUUCCAAGCCGCACAAGAAACAUGGUCAGCCAAAAUGUGGAAAGGAAUGUGUCAAUGUUUUGAGAAAAAGAAUUAA